AACUGUCAUCUGGUCAUUCUGUUGUGUCUACAGUGCCUGGUUGGUGUGGUUUACCUUCGCAGUUUUUCAGUCUUUGUUUCGUAGCGAAAAUUCCACUCAGCGUCAUAAUGACGGACUUGAAGGCGGACAUCGACAGCGACUUAGAUCAAAACUACUCACUAAACAGCAACGCAGAUCCAAAGAACAUGCAGGAACUGACGGUAUAUGUGCAGAACCUCCUUCAGAACGUUCAGGACAAAUUCCAAUCCAUGUCCGAUCAAAUUAUCGCCCGAAUCGACGACAUGGGCAACCGAAUAGACGACCUCGAGAAGAGCAUUGCGGAUCUGAUGACUCAGGCGGGCGUCGAGGGACCGGAGAAGUGAGACCCAGCUCAGCUGCCCCUCGACGGUGACAGGCUGUGAGGGGCGGAACAAUCAACAGCAAUAUCAGCCAUACGACGCCCAGCACCCUCAUCUAGCAUAACUUAGUCGGUACGGAGUGUGGAGCAUAGGAAACCUUAGUCAUAGUGGAAACAUGUCGUCGUCUCAAUUACACACAAUAUUUGUAACAUUUACGUCGUUUUUAUUUCUAAGCAUAUUCAUUAGAUGUUGAACUCGCUCGUUAUCACCUGCAGCCACUGGAGCGGGACCCGCGAGUUCGAUAACUCCACACGGUUUGUUUUAUUGUCAACGUUUGUAUCUCAAAAGCACUGAAUUGUUCACCUAACAUGUAACCAGCAAGCAGAAAGUAAUAAGGAAAAAAAAACAACUUGUGUACGUGAA